AUGCCCUUCACUCAUCACAGCCACUCCGGGCAAUUCUGCCCCGGCCACGCCAAAGACAACUUGGAAGAAAUCAUCCAGCUCGCCAUAUCCAAGAAAUUCCACACCUUCUGCCUAACAGAGCACAUGCCCCGCCAUGAAGAAGAUUUCUACCCAGAAGAGAUCGAAGCCGGCGACACCGAAUCCAGCCACGUAGCCAACGAGGCCGCCUACUUCGCCGAAGCCACGCGCCUCCGAACCAAAUACGCCGAUCAAAUCAACAUCCUCAUCGGAUUCGAGAUCGACUGGAUCCGGCCGGCCUCGCGACAGCUAAUCGAGGAGUCUCUGUCGCGGCACCCGUUCGAGUUCUUCAUGGGUUCCGUGCACCAUACAUUGACCGUCCCCAUAGACUAUGACCGGCCGCUGUAUGAGAAGGCGCGCGCACUAGCCGGUGGAACGGACGAGUUGCUCUUCGAGGCGUACUUUGAUGAGCAGCUGGAUAUGCUGAAGCAGGUGAAGCCGGUGGUGGUGGGGCAUUUUGAUCUGAUUCGGCUGAAGAGCGAUGACCCCGAUCGGAGUUUUCAGGACUAUCCGAGGGUGUGGGAGAAGAUUCUACGAAAUUUGGACUACGUGGCGGGAUAUGGGGGUCUGUUGGAGGUUAAUUCGGCGGCGUUGAGGAAGGGCAUGAAGGAGCCGUAUCCGAAUGGGGAGAUUUGUAAGGAAUUCCUGGCUCGCGGAGGUCGGUUCUGUCUGUCGGAUGAUAGUCAUGGAUUGGCGCAGGUUGGGCUGAAUUUCCAUCGCGUGGUGCCGUUCUUGGAGCAGGUGGGUGUGUCGAGGCUGCAUUAUUUGGCACUGGGGGAGGGUGAUGCGCCCGUUGAUGCACGGUUUCCUCGGACGCAGAUCAAGGAGGUGACAUUGGAGGAGGUGAAGAAUAUGUCGUUUUGGAGGUAG